ACCAAAACAGAAACAAACUCAUUUAACUCUUCUAUCUCCACUUCCACACCAAAUGCCAUAACCGUCAAUGGAAACCCUAGCUAUCUCCCACCGCCCUCUUCCGCCGUCUCUCCGUCGUACUUCCCUCCGCUCCGGCGUCUCCUCCACUCCUCCCUCCGUCACUCUCCUCAACAACGCCUCCACCUCUCGCUUCCUCACUCUCAGAUGCUCUGCUCAAUCUCCAACCGCUUCAGUCGAUCAUUCGGUGAAGUUUAAGGAAGCCGCAAAGCAUGGGAAUUUGAUUCCGUUAUACAGGUCGAUUUUUUCCGAUCAUCUGACUCCAGUUAUGGCUUACAGGUGUCUCGUCAAAGAAGACGAUCGUGAUGCACCGAGCUUUUUGUUUGAAUCUGUUGAGCCAGGAUUAAAGGCUUCCAAUGUUGGGCGGUACAGUGUGAUUGGAGCUCAACCUACUAUGGAAAUUGUGGCGAAAGAGAAUAUGGUUACAGUUAUGGACCACCAUGAAGGGCGAAAGACGGAAGAGUUUGUGGAGGAUCCCAUGGUGGUACCUAGGAGGAUAAUGGAGCAAUGGAAACCCCAAAGAAUUGACGAGCUCCCUGAUGCAUUUUGUGGUGGCUGGGUUGGUUAUUUCUCUUAUGACACGGUGCGGUAUGUAGAGACGAAAAAGCUUCCAUUUUCAAAAGCGCCAGAGGAUGAUAGGAACCUUCCAGAUGUUCAUCUUGGCCUUUAUGAUGAUGUGAUCGUGUUUGACCAUGUCGAGAAGAAAGCAUAUGUGAUACAUUGGGUGCGAAUGGAUCAAUAUUCCUCUGUCGAUGAAGCUUUUAAAGAUGGAACAGAACGUUUGGAGACAUUAGUGUCCAGAGUUCACGAUAUCGUUCCACCAAAACUUUCUCCAGGGUCAAUAAAAUUAUAUACGAGCCUAUUUGGGCCUUCUUUAAAGAAGUCAAACAUGUCAAGUGAAGCUUACAAGGAGGCAGUGUUGCAGGCUAAAGAACAUAUUUUAGCUGGGGAUAUAUUUCAAAUUGUCUUGAGUCAACGUUUUGAACGACGUACAUUUGCAGAUCCAUUUGAAGUUUACCGGGCCCUGAGAAUUGUCAACCCAAGCCCAUACAUGACUUACUUACAGGCUAGAGGGUCUAUUCUUGUUGCUUCAAGUCCUGAAAUUCUUACCCGUGUGAAGAAGAGAAAAGUUACAAAUAGACCCCUUGCUGGGACUAUCAGAAGAGGGAAGACACCUAAAGAAGACUAUAUGUUGGAAAAUCAACUACUUCAUGAUGAAAAACAAUGCGCAGAGCAUAUCAUGCUGGUUGAUCUAGGGAGAAAUGAUGUUGGGAAGGUUUCAAAACCUGGUUCUGUUAACGUCGAGAAACUGAUGAAUGUUGAACGGUAUUCUCACGUCAUGCAUAUCAGCUCCACGGUCACUGGAGAGCUUCUUGAUGAAUUAAGUACUUGGGACGCACUUCGUGCUGCUUUACCAGUCGGAACAGUCAGUGGGGCCCCUAAGGUAAAAGCCAUGGAACUGAUCGAUGAGCUGGAAGUGAAUAGACGUGGGCCAUACAGUGGUGGGUUUGGAGGGAUCUCGUUCACUGGUGACAUGGACAUUGCCUUGGCCUUGAGAACAAUCGUGUUCCCUACAGCAGCACGUUACGACACGAUGUACAAGUACCAGGAUGCGGACAAGCGUCGUGAUUGGGUGGCCCACCUUCAAGCCGGGGCAGGUAUAGUGGCGGAUAGUGAUCCUGCUGAUGAACACCGAGAAUGUGAGAACAAAGCUGCAGCACUUGCACGCGCUAUUGAUCUUGCUGAGUCAUCAUUUGUCGACAAAUGAGGUCUCAAAUCAACCGCCCUUAAGCACAUGAAAAGAAUUAGAUUUCAUGGUGGUCAUUGACUAUGGGCGGGUAAAUUUUAUUUAAAACAGGCUUUAGUGUCCUAUCUUUCCAUCACUGGGUUUUCUUCUAUUUUUUUUUCAUGAGUAAUGCAAAGCAUUUUCAGGCGUUUCUUGGUGUCUUUUUUUUUUUGUUAUGGAAAGAAAUAUUUCCAUGCAACUCGGUUGAUGAAAGUUUGUGCUUUUAGUACGGAACUGAAGAUUUUCAUCUGUUUGCUAAAUCUGUUACUUGUUC